CACAUAAGGCUCUCAUUUCUUAGCUGUCUCUUGUGUGCGCGUGUGUGUGUGUAAAAAGAACACUUGAAAAUAUCUGCAACUAGUUCAUGCACUUUUCUUCACAUUUGUUUGCUUUCUUCUUCUACUUCUAUUUCUUCUUUGUUUGUUCUCUCUCUCUCUCUCUCUCUCUCUUCGUCCACUGCUACACUAUGCAUCAGCAUCACACUCACCAGCCCUUCAUUCCUUGUCUCUAUUGCCACCCUCAAAGAUACAUUAGAAUGGUUCAGAAUCUCAUAGAGAGAUGCUUGAUCCUACACAUGAGCCAAGACCAAUGCGUUAAGGCUCUAGCUGAGCAUGCAAGGAUUACACCACUUGUGACACUUACAGUGUGGAAAGAGCUACAAAAGGAGAAUAAAGAUUUCUUCAGAGCAUAUUUCCAAGUUAUCUCACCAAGGCCUUUUACACGUAAGAGACCUGAAUCUUCUCUAUAUCCUUUUAGCCUGUACAGGCUAAGUGAAGCUUAUGAGCAUGUCGAGAGGUAGAUAUGUUCAAAGAGGACAGAGUUUAGCGAGAAGGAAACAGUGGAAGUAAAAGGAUUAGUUAUUAGUAAUUAAUGAAUAAUCACGUGUGGGAAAAGCUAGCGAGCAUGAUGAACUCUUAUUAAUUCCUGCAAGUUAAAGAUGUAUCAUGGGUUUUGAGAUAGUGAAGUUUUCACUUAUGAUAUAUUUAUUACCAUACUUGCUAGAAUUAAUGGUGAUUAUUACAUACACUGAUUUUGUUUAUCUUCUGCAUCUAGCCCUUCGGAUAUAUAUUAUGCUGGCAAGUGACAUGCGUAAAGCCCAAGCAAUUCGCUAAUGAAAUGCGAAGAUUGAAGACAAAGUUUAAGCCAAAGUUUAGUUACUUUCUUUUUAUUGUUCAUCCAAUUAUGUAAAUAAAUAUGCAGUAUGCAAUGUAUGUGAUUUCACUAAUGAGGCUACAUAAUUCUAAGAACUUGGACUUUAUUUUGUAAUUUAGAGCCCGUUUGGUUACAA